AUGCGGCUCAUCUACGACGCGACCCUGCGCCUCAUCGGUCGUCAUCUGCGCCGCCUCAGCGGCCAGAGGCUGGUCGACGUCUGCCUGCCGCAGCCGGCCGGCGCUCCAAGCCAGCCGAUCGCCGAGAACGGCGGCGAGACGGAGACCGAGAACCUUCUGUCAUGCCAACAGAAAGGCUUCCGCAGCUAUGACGGAGUGUUGGAGCACAACUUCAUCCUCCAGAGCGCGAUCACCGCCCAGCGGCGACAGCCCGGCGGCCAGCUUCACGUUUGCUUCAUCGACCUGGCGAAUGCAUUCGGGAGCCUGCCCCACAGGUACCUGUGGAGUGGUCUCGCCCGCCUCGGCCUGCCCGGGGAGGUGCUGUUCACUCUGGAGGACCUGUACGACGGCAGCACGACUAUGUACACGACAGCCCAGGGCACGUCCGAGCCCGCGCCCGUCACGCGCGGCGUGCGGCAUGACUGCCCGCUGAGCGGCAUCCUGUUUAAUCUGGGCAUGGAGCCUCUGGUCCGGGCGCUCGACGCCGUCGACCGCGUCACGACGCUCGCCUUCGCCGACGACCUCACGCUUCGCUGCCGCGACGCGGAGGCGCUGGACACCGCGCUCACCACACUAGAGGAGGUGUGCAGCUGGUGUGGACUGGCGCCCAACGCGCGAAAGUCCGGGCUUCUGUCGGUCGGCAGCCCGUCGCCGCAGAAACUGGACGCGCUGCGCGCGUCCAUCCUGCCACGGCUGACCCACUGCCUCCGGCUGGGUCUGCUCCCAAAACAGGCUCUGCGUCAGUUCGACACCGAGCUGCGCUGGAGGGUCAAGGGGGCACUCCAACUGCCGUCUCGCGCGUGCCAGGAGCACCUGCACGCUAGCACCUCGCGCGGCUGUGUUGGUCUCACCGAGCUCGCCUCCGAGGCCGACAUUCUCCUCCUGGCGUCUACAUGGCAGAUCCUCACCUCCCCGGACGAACUCGUCCGCGAGACUGCUGCCUCUCAGCUAAAGGAGUCUGCGGCUGCCCUCCUGCGAGAGGCGGUCCGCCAGGCGGCCGCCGAGCGUCUGUACCGCCUGCCUCACCAGGGGAAAGUGAUGCAGACGGUCGGCGACCAGCGCGUGAGCAGCCACUACAUGUACAGUGGCAGCUUCACUCGCCUCGCCGAUUGGCGCUUUGUGCACCGCGCGCGGCUGGGACUGGUGCCUUUAAACGGCGUCCGUCGCAGCCCUGUGCGGGGCGACGAGCGCUGCCGGCGGUGCGGGUACGCGCGCGAGACGCUGCCCCAUGUGCUGUGCCACUGCAUGCCGCACAGCGCCGCCUUCCAGCGCCGUCAAAGCGCCAUCCUGAGCCGCCUUCACAAGGCGGUGCAGCGGGAUGGCGUGGUGACGCAGAUCAACCGGCGGGUGCCAGGGUGCGCCUCCACCCUGCGCCCCGACCUGGUGGUGACCCGCGGUGACGAGGUCAUCCUGGCCGACGUCACCGUGGCGUUUGAGAACGGGCCAGACGCGCUUCGCGCUGCCAGCGACGCCAAGGUCCGCAAGUACACCCCGCUCGUGCACGAGCUGCGCGGGCGGGGUAAGACGGCCAGUGUGGUGGCGUCGAUCGUCGGCCCCCUGGGCACCUGGUGGCGGGGCAACGAGGCCUCGCUGCGCCGGCACCCUGUCAGCCAGAACUACGCUAAGCUGAUGCGGCGGCUCAUGGUGAGCGACACCCUGAGGUGGUCCCGCGACAUCUACAUUAAACAUCUGUCCGGGCACCGCCAGUACGAGUGA